GCCUGCAGAACCAGUUGCGCUGGUAUGCAACACUGUGCGGACGUAUAAUCUAUAGCCCUUCCCAUGAGUUGCGGCUUCCCAGGACUAUAAACUCCUGCGUCCUCGGAAGAUUAGAUCACAUGUAGUUACAGUAAAUGAUCUAGGGAACUGUGAUCACAUUAGGCCUGACUGACAGUACUCUUGGUUCACAUAUGUGAAUGUGUAACACGUAAGCAGAAAUCUGGUUAUGGUAACUAACUCUUAAUUCAUCCAAACCGUGUUCAGUUUCCGAGUAGGUCAUGGGUUUUUGUACCUGUUCUUGCUCACAUUGAAGACGUACUGUACACACUACACUGGAGACUGGACUUCCCACUCAUAAUCACGAAAAUUCGACUUUUUGAAAAGUUUCGAAGGGAGUAGCGGAAUUAUUGGUACCAAAAAAAAGUUGUAAGCCAAAUACGUAGCACAAAACGGGGUUCUUACGUCAAAACAUGGGAAACCAACAUAGCCAACUGGGCUUAGAACAAAGGCCAGCCAGAAAUAAGAUGGUCAUGAACCGCUUAAGACGGAGCCUCCGAGAAAGUUUUCGUAGAAAGAAAACUCAUGUUCCAGAAUGUAGUCGACCUCAUCAGUGGCAGGCAGACGAGGCCGCAGUGAGAGCCGCAACUUGUAACUUUGAUGUAAAAUACUUGGGCUGUGUAGAGGUACUUGAAUCAAGAGGAAUGCAGAUUUGUGAAGAAGCUCUAAAAGUUCUUAGGAAUUCCCACAGAAGACCAGUGAGAGGUAUACUUUAUGUCACAGGUGAUGGAUUAAGGGUUGUAGAUGAUGAGACAAAGGGACUUAUAGUUGACCAAACAAUCGAGAAGGUAUCAUUCUGUGCACCUGACAGGAACCAUGAAAAGGGAUUUUCAUAUAUCUGUAGAGAUGGAACAACUCGUCGUUGGAUGUGUCAUGGAUUUCUGGCCACCAAAGAUUCAGGGGAACGACUAAGCCAUGCUGUUGGCUGUGCAUUUACGGUUUGCUUAGAAAAGAAACAGAAGAGAGAUAAGGAUGUUUCUACUGUGACCUUUGACCCAGAAAAUUCCACAUUCACGCGUACCGGUUCUUUCCGACAUACAACACUUACAGAAAGAAAACAAGAUCCACAGGAGUGUAUAGUAGCUAUGUACUCUGUAAGCCAUUAUGAUGUACACUUUUUCUGUGUUUAUUUUUUUUCCUUUUUAGUUGCUACAAUACCAGAAAUACCUUCUGGUUCAGAGACAGAUGAAUCAGUUAGUGCCAUGUGUCAGCAAGUUUCCAAAGGGUUGUCCUUUCUUACAGAAGAAGGCAAUCCCUUUCACUCUACUUUUGAUGCCCAACCUACCAGUCAGCCUUUUCAGCAGCCAUCAGGAAAUCCAUAUGAAAGUAAUGGAAAAGUGACAUCAUCACAGGCAGAGUCAUGGUUAAAUAAAAAUCCAGCAACACUACAAAUUAAUGAAGGGUCUUGUAAUAUGAGGUCACAGUCCUCCUCAUCUAGCCAUGUUAAAAAUACAACCAAUUCUUCUGACGUAUUUACUGGAGAAAAAAAUGGUUCUCCAACACCUGUAUUCCCACAACCAGUUGUACCUCCACGUCGGAGUAGUCCAAAUUAUUCACACUUACGAAGCCAGUCUCUUGGUUCAGCUGAAGUGUUUGGACCACAAGUUCAAAAUAGCUCAAAAAUAUCACAAGAUGCACGUUUAGUCAAAGUAAGCCAACCUCAACCUUCGAAUCUUUGGCCUAAUGGCAGUGUUGUUCAGCCUGCUCCAACAUCAGAACCUGCUUUCAAGGACCCAUUUGAUGCUGGAUGGGCUGCCUUAGAUAAUGGAAAUAAAUCUUGUAACCCAUUUGCAAAGAAUCAAGUGAAAGCAUUUGAAGUGCAGAUGUAGAAAAAGUAAAUGAAAAAAAAACUAGUUUUCCAAUAUCAGCAGUGGAUUGAUACAAUUUUUACUUUGUGAAAAAAUAUUUUGUGGUUAAUUUGUUCUUCAAAUAAUCCAAAAAGCAGUUAAACUAUAUCAAACACAACAUUUUUUACGUGUUCAUUAUUUUGUGGCUAACUUGUAAUAUGAGGUAAAAAUUUACAUAUAAAAUAUCGAAACUAAUGUUUUGUGAAACGUACACAUACUAACUAUAAACAGUGAAUUAUAAAAGUACAUAACAAGAAAUGUAGGUUCUUUGUAAGUUUAAUUGAAUGGACUGUAGUUUUUUUUAUCAUCAAAAAUAGUGUAGUUUUUUUUUUUUUUUGUUGUUAUUGGUUCUUUGAGGUCUGUUUUAUAACUUGUGAAAUAUGUAGAGAUUUAAAAUUUUCACUUUGUGUCAGAAAGAAAUUAAGAAAUUUCUUUAUAAUAAAUAUUUCUUGUCCUUCAGUGUUAACUUUUUUUUUCUUUAGAGAUAUGACACUGUUUCGUCAAAAUUGUGCAAACGUGAAAGAAAUGUAAAUGUAGUAAACUUUGUGUGUUGGAAUACGUAUUUGUUCUCAGAGAUAUAAUUACAAGAUUUUUUUAAUUCAGAACCAUUAAAACAGUUGUCAUUGAAAUGUCAGGCUUGUGUUAUUUUGUGCACCUGAACUUGUAUUUUAUUUUUCCUUUUUUUGUCUCAGCUAGACCAAAUAUUUUGAAACUAAUUUAACAAUUCUGUCCAUAAAUUUUAUGAAACCAUAUUCCACUUUUCACAUAUUGGUGCUAGUUUUAUAUAUAUACUAAGUGCAUACAGUCAAAAGUUAUUAAAUGAUCAAUUUUGCAUAUCCUUAAGCUUAGAAACAUGCCUAGGCAACAAUAAGCAAAUUUAGUUUUAUAUAAAAAAAAAUUUAAUUACAAAUUAACUAGUUUUGUUAUAAUAGACCUGUUUUUGAGCUGUGGCCAGCAAGGGGCAUUAUUUUUAUUGUAACAGACAUUUUGCCUUAGUUUAGCCAUUUCUCAUUGUUUUAAAUUAAACUUGUUGGUUAGUAUUUAAACUAACCAAAUCUGAGUUACAAAAUACAGAAACCUAACCUAAGAUUUGUUAUUUAGUAAUGUUGCAAAUAAUUGUGUUUCUUAAUUGCAAAUUUCCAGAUUAAAAUGUGAUCAUGAUGUUAUGUUUCAUAUGACAGAAAUUUAGCAGAGGCUCUGGUUAUUUGUUGAUGUUAAGUAAAUGUAUACAUAAUUAGAGAAACCUAGCUUAAAUUAUGAUCAUCUGGCAAUGUUAGAAUUAGCUAUAAUUCAUAAUAACAAAGCAUUAAUUGGAAGAUCUGUUUAUUUGUUGAUGUUAAGUACAUGUAUACAUAAUUAGAGAAACCUAGCUUAAAUUAUGAUCAUCUGGCAAUGUUAGAAUUAGCUAUAAUUCAUAAUAACAGAGAAUUAAUUGGAAGAUCUGCUUAUUUGUUGAUAUUAAGUAAAUGUAUACAUAAUUAGAGAAACCUAGCUUAAAUUAUGAUCAUCUGGCAAUGUUAGAAUUAGCUAUAAUUCAUAAUAACAGAGAAUUAAUUGGAAGAUCUGCUUAUUUGUAUAAAUAAUUACAGAUUUCUAACUUGCUCAGAUUGUCUGACAAUGUUAGAAUUAUCUGUGUUUCAUAAUUAUGAAACUUGUUUAAGUGUUUAUAAUGUGGUGAUGUUAUGACAUGAAAUACUGACUUUUAGCACAUUCUUUGUAUAACUUUGUAAUAAUUAGUUGCACUUCAUUAUUAUCACAGAACCCUAGUUUUUCUUGCGAUCAGCUUGUUACGCUAUAGUUAUUAAAGUUUGGACACUACUUGUGGUUUCUACAGGCUUGAUGUUGUUUUUCAUUUGAUGAACUUUGUAUAUAAUAAGGCACAUUUCUUUCUCUGCUGUCAUAUUUUGUACAGCCUUUACACAUGUGAUUGCAGGGUUUGCAAACUAUUUCUUGGAGGUGGAGGGUUAGAAACUGCUACACUUUAAAUUGUAUAGUCUAUUUUCCUAGUUAUAGAUAUUUCAUAGAUGUUCACUGUAAAAUAGAUGCAUCUUGUUUUCUUUCAGUGAAAAUUUCCUUAUUAUUAACAUUGCUUUUCACUAUAUUUGCAAAAUAAUAUUAUGUCUCAAGUUGCCUGAUAGAAGUAUUGAGAAUUUAGUGUAAGAAAUAUAUCUUUGCAAAUAUUCAUAAGUGUCACAAAUUAACAUAUUGUUUUGUUUUGGAUGAUAAUACUGACUAGUGAAUGCUUAUACAUAUAUACAUAUAUAUAUAUAUAUAUAUAUAUUAUGAAUUUUAUGAAAUUUGGAUGUUUUAGUAUACAGUAGAAUGAAAUCCAGUGUGAAGUUAAGGUUGGCUGUUACAAAAAAAUAAUUAAUCAAAAACUAUCAAAUUGAAUACUAGCCUAUUUUCCACUGUGAGCCUGUUCCCAAAACACACAGUUUUUUUUAAGAUUAACAGUAUAUUGUUUGUACACACACACAUAAAUGAAUGGGUUGUUUUACAGUUGGAUGUUAGAAUAAAAGAGGUAUGCUGAAUUUA